AUGGCCGGUGAUCGUUUCAUUGAACCGAUCCGCGUCUUGCGAUACGUUGGGAAUGUGACAAUUGCACUCAAAGCUUCCACCUUCACUUUGAGCAACGAAGGCGGCGAUGCGACGCAAGCUGAAAUCAUAUUGGACUACCGACAAUGCGAAGGAGGUCUUCCAGUUUUCAAGAUAUCGUCUGCUUCUGGCAACAGUACGCUCGACUUAACUGUUGUAUACAGCGAAGGUAUUGAGGGAAUAGACCACGCGUCAGGCGAUGGCCCCUUCUUCCUGUUUUCUAAUGCAAUGGACACAUAUCGUAGAACCACGUUGAAGGUUCCCGAGUCAGCACAUGAGCAGGUUGUGAGAGCUGUGUACACCCAACGAUCGCAAAGAUACCAAAAGAUACGGCUGGCGACCCCAUACUCAACCAUCAGUUUCUCCGGUAUCGGUUUCGAGCGCAUCCGGCCGAGAUACUCAGCAAGUUCGACUUUCUCGUGCUCUAGCCCAUUGUUGAAUCGGAUAUGGCAAGAUGGUGUCAGGACUGUCGAUAUGUGCACAGUCUCCAAGGGCGAGACAUCUGCCGCAUGGGAGGUUACUACUGGGGGAACCAGGGUCCGCGGCCAGCACUGGGCACCGUGCCGAUUCGGCACAAGAUGGGCGGAUAAGACCAUUCGUUUCCAGGUUCACAUCGAACAUGGAGGCGCAAGCUGGGCCGUUCACAUGGUGGCAAAUGGGCUGAUCUUCUGUUUGGACACAGCCACAAGGGAACUAUAUGCAUGCGAAGGUCUGUCCACGGAACCGACCGUCUUUCCUGUUGCUGAGAAAGGUCGCUGGCACAUUGGCGAUCUGGACCUGAACGCCUGGCUCGAAGUCGAAACGGUCACGCGCGGCGAUACCGUGGUUGUCUCGGUACAAGGCCGACGACUUGCAUUCAUCGAGGGCCUGAACAUCAAACCCAUCCUUAGCGGAAGCGCGAAUAACACGGGAUCUAUCGCCUUUGGCGGACCGUGUCAGUGGGUAGCUGUGUAUCGCCACCUCAGUGUGCUCAGUGGUGGGGGCGAGAAUCUAUACCAGAAUACCAUGUUGCCUCUUGACCAAAGCCGAACAUUGGAUGACUUCCAAGUUGGAACGAAUGGGCUCGCUUGUACGAUCGAUGGUGCAAAAAGAGACCGCGCUUGUUUCGGUGGAGACCUUUAUGUCAUGGGUCGAUCAGUUGCUCACUCUACUAUGACGUUCGACGCGAUAGCAGGCAGUAUUGAGCUCCUGACCAGCCACCAAACCAGCGAGGGAUAUCUCGGCAACCUCUGUCCCAUUCAGGCGCCCGUUCAUGAAGGGAACGAGGAGCCUCCAACAUAUGCCUUCUAUUCCCUGUCGUACGCGUUGCUACUCGUUGUUGCAAUCAAAGAUUACUGGCUACAUACGGGUGACGCAAGGAUGAAAACGCGAUGUUUCCAGCGUCUAGAACAUCUCAUGGCUUACACAGCGGAGCACCUCAGCGCAGGGGUAGUAGUAGCUCCUCCGCCUCUAUCAAUGCAUUGGUUCCCACUUGGCGGCCCAAUUUUCGGUCCCUCGAGUCCACUGAAUAAUGCAUAUUACGAGGCCCUGCAAGCCAUGUCGGUGAUGUCCGAUGACCCUGAAGCCAAGCAAAAAUAUCUAUCGCAAGCCAAGAAGCUUAAGAUGGAGGUACUGAAACGCUUCUACGAUGCUUCCACCGGUGUCUAUCGCCUGAAUGAAUAUCUACCAAGCGACGGUAUCUGUCAAGAUAACAAAGCCCAUGCCGUGACUAUGGGGCUGCUUCCUAGUCAUGCGAACGAUCUUGAGCAUUUGAUUGACCCACAAUCGCAGCUUCCUCGCGCCUUCCGGGGCCUUGCUCAUUGGAGUGUAGCGGACAUUGUCAGUCCGUACGCAACAGGGUUCGCAGUUGAGGCAUUGUUUUCACGACAACAAGGUCUUGAAGCGCGGAGGCUCAUCGAGCGCGUCUGGGGACCGAUGGCUGACACAUCGAAUCCAAACUACUCUGGAGGACAUUGGGAAGCCAUGAAGACAGACGAAACGCCGCACGGUCACGAUACGUCGUUGAUGCAUGGCUGGUCGACGUGGCCAGUAUCACUUCUGCCUCGAUAUCUAGCAGGGCUUCAGCCUACCGAGCCAGGCUGGACGUCGUUUCGCAUCGCACCAGUCUUUGCCGGUCUAGAGAGGAUCAAUUGCACCCUUGCGACCGUCGCUGGUAGUAUCGGCGUAGAGAUCAAGAUUGAUGAAGCGGAGGGUCAUGGCACGUUGAAAGUCAUGGCGCCUUUUGGCGUUCGUGCGCAGCUGCAGCCACCCAGGGAAUGGGUCAUACAAGGACCAGAGUCCAUUAUGGGAACAGGCGCAUGGCAAAACGUGUUGUUGUUCAAACCCUCCGUGGCUUCCGGGGCACAAGAGUAUCCAGAUGCAAUGCUGCAAGCUACUCCGAUCUGCGUGGGCGGGCGGUAA